GGCCACCCAGCAGUUUUGGGGGCCCCCAGAAGAAAAACGGUUUAGAUAAAAGAAAAUAUACUUUGCAAACGGUGGUUUUUUCUUCGACCGGUCGGGAGUGAAUUUUUCGACUUUGCUUUGGAAUUUUGUGGGGCAAAUUUGUUUGCUGUAUCGAUUGUUUUCCUGAGGAUUGAUUGGUUUUGUUCUUCGCGGGUGGACAAGACGGACGCGUGAAGGGAGGUUUUCUGGUUUCUGUUGCAAGUGCGGUGUUCCGUUGACGGAAAUCGAUUUCUAAUCUUCUGCUCGAAGAAGACGUCAAGUGAAGUGAGGUGAAAAAAAUCGUCUCCGAAGACAACGAUUGUGAUAUAAGAGUGCGACCGAAAAAUCUCUGUGAUAUUUUAGCUUGGUGGAAAUAUUUCCUCGGAAUUUGCAACGCGAAUAAGAAAAUUGUGAUUUUUUCUUCCUCUGUUGGUUUUGUGAACGUGGUGUAGUACUCGAAAUACUCGACAACUGCUGCCUGAGACAGCUGAAGUGUGUGAAUUUGAAUCGUUUGACCUCUAAUUAGAUCAACUACAGAAGAGAGUCAAAAAAACCGAGUGCCAUACGCAAUGAGUCCCAAACCCCACGAGUUCCUGGUCACCCUCCAGAGAAGAUCCCCGCAGAUUCCGUGGGGCAUCCGGUUGGUCGGAGGAACCGAUCUGAAUGCUCCACUCAUCAUCACCCGGGUUCAAGUGAACAGCCCGGCCCAGAAGGAACUGCUGCGGGGAGAUAUCAUUACCAAAAUUGACCAGUACGAUGCUCGGGAUCUCACGCACAACGAUGCCCAGAACCUGUUCCGGAAUGCCGGCGGCGAGAUUAAGGUGACGAUUAGGCGCGACGAUAAGGUGGCGAUGCAUCAGAGUGCCCGGGAUGCACCGAAUGGGGUUGCGUCCUUUAGCAGCCCGCCGGCCCUGAGCCCAAUUCCACCGGCACAUGCCGCGCAGCCCUACAAGCCGUAUGUUGACCAAAGUUUGCCGGCUCCAUCAGUGCUGCCCCAGAAACCGCAACAGCACCAGAACUUCCCACCGCCAGAUCCGACCUCGCUGCUGCCCAGGGUCUCCUCGCCGCUGCCCCACGGCCCACAGGCAUACGCGACGGCUCUGGAACAUCCGGUAGAAACCCUACCACACACCGUGUUCCCCAAGCUGGAUGCCAGCGGUGCCUACCAGCUACCGAAGACCCCCUAUCCUCCGAUGAUCCCGACCUCCUAUGAAGACGGAAACGAAGCCGCCCUGGCCAAUCAGCCAUACCGAACCACACCGCUAGUCCUUCCCGGUGCCAAAGUGCCGAAAAAGGAUGCUCUACCGACAGAGUCCUACCUCAGACACCACCCAAAUCCAGCGAUGCGCGCUGCACCACACGACAUUAUUGACACACUGAUGAAACAGAAGGUUGCCGAAACUGUCCUUCAUCGUGUCAUAGGAGAAGAGCCACCGACCGGCCCAAAGAUUGUCCACAAGCAAUUCAACUCCCCGAUCGGACUGUACUCGGAUUCGAACAUUGAGAACACCAUCCGACAGGCCACCCCGCUGAGCCACCAGCCGCAGCAACAGCCACAGCAGCAGUUCCAGACCCAGGCCGUGCCAUCAAACGGAUUCACAAGCCGCCAUCGGCCCACCAAAAUCGAAGGCUACAAGAAAACCGUCGUCUUCGAUCCGAGCAAGAGCGAGACCUACCGUUUUCUGCAGGAGGGCUCCGGCGAAGGACUUCAGGAAGUGGCCACACCCAUCCAGCCACGCACCUUCCACGCGAACCGUUUGAUACCAGGAAAGAAACCAAACGCCAACCACCCAGCUCCCCAGCCAGAAUUCGUUCAUCCAGUCAACUCGAUGGGCGUUCCGAACGAAAACAUCCACCAGAGUGGAUCUUUCAAACGUUUGAUGCACCACGUACUGGCAGAUGCCGAAUAUUAGAAACCAGCCCAGAAUUCACGUUAUGUUUGUAAUAAUCACAUACACACCCACACAACCACACUUAUUAGCGUUUAAGUUGAAUGUAAAUGAACAAACGAGAACUUACUGUUUUGAAUUUUAGAACCAAGCGCUGAAGUUUUGAAAUAUGAAUGAUACCCCAAUAGGUAUCUAGCCUGUCCAAAUCGAAAACCUCCCAUUAUUGUAACCCAUUUAUGCUCACGUCAUUGUCUAAUCAUCUCACAAUUACCAAAGCGAUUCACAAACGAGCUUCUUUUAGUGGAGAAAACACCCUCAAAACGUUACAUGUUACAAUGAACUUUUACAGUUAUGUAAAUAAAACUGCUCUCGCAGCAACGUUGUUAAACGAAAUAAUUUAUUAGUCAUACUUUUUGAAAAAAAAAAAGAGGAGAAUAGAUCAGAAACACAAUAUAUUUAUCAAUGGUAUAGCUUUAUUGUUAUUUUUUUUUUAAUAUUUAUUUUUAAACUUACGUGUCAAAACCAUUAUCCGAGUGUCUUUCGUGAAGCGAGACACCGAAAUUCGAGUGCAUGUUCUAGUCAAGGGGUCGUCAAAUUCUACCUCAUCAGUAAGGAUCAAGUUCCUGAAAAUGUUGGCUUGGGGUUUGACGAUAUUCCGAAAAUCUUAUUGUUAGUAGUAGCGACCAGAAAAUUUUCAUCUGCAAAAAGGUUCAAUUUUGGGUUGUGAAAUUAUUUCAAAAUAAUCAACAAAAACCAAAAUUAUUCAAACCACCGUCUUCAGAACUUUGGCAGCGGAAUCGAAAAACGCUUUAGGUAUAGACAUUAAUUCAGAAGCGUCGGAACGACGGCCAACAUUUAGGAACCUAAGAGAUGGCUUUUGUGAAAAGAGCAAUGGAAUUUGCAAAUAAAUUCAAAAAAUAUACAAAACAAA